UCUACUUGUUCGGCCUCUAUGGUGGCGCUACACGAAGCUUGCGUAGUGAUCGAUAGAGGCUACUGUGUGUCCGCCAUCGUUGGUGGCACUAACCCCAUCUUGAGACCCAGUUGUACAACUAUGAUGUCUGAACAGGGUGUCCUCUCCCCAGACGGCUCUUGCAAGACUUUUUCAACUGCCGCUAACAGAUACACCCGUGGUGAAGCCGCUUGA